GCCGAGGGAGGGCACUGCAUGGGGAGGGGCUCAGGCCCAAGGCUCGCCAGGCCUUUGUUUUCGACACGGGCCCGUGACCUCAGGGGCGCCCACCGUGACGUCACGGGACGCCGGUGACGUCAGGCCCCGGGGAGGACCCCGCUCCCUCACAGUGGGGUCCCGGGUUCCAUCUGCCCAGCGCUAAGUAGGCGGAACUCCGUGCCUCUCCGCGGGGCAGGGGUAAGAUGCCCGUUCCGACCCGAGGUCGGCCCUUCCCCCUCACCUGAGAGCCAGGGCGCCCUCACCCUUGAACUGUGACCCUUCAGGGAAGAGAAGAACGAAACCUUCUCCCCGGAGCUGCACGUUAAGCAUCUGGAGUUUUCAUCCACCGACCUCUUGUGAUUCUUCGUAAGGCUCAGAAAACGGCCGUUAUUCUCCCAUUUCCCAGAUGAUGAAACGAGAGUCAGAGAAAGGCUGCGACUUGCCCAGGAUCAUACAGUUGAAGGCUUAACUGGGAUUCAAGUCCCGGCUGCUUAGAGUCACACAAUAGAGAGAGGGCUGUUACGUUACAAUGCUCUCCUUAAGCGGGAAUCCCUUGGGCGUCUCUCCCCUUUCCCGGGGAUAUGGAGUACGGGGAGGGCCCGGUGGUAAAGACAGCGUUAAGGAGGGGGUGACACCUGGGUUGCUACUGGUGUCGGCUGGGGUCAGCAAGGCUUCUCAGGCCCGUUCUGGACUAAGUGAAGGAGUCUUCAAAUGCCCUGAGGACCAACUUCCUCUGGACUAUGCCAAGUUCCCCCAUCCCUGCCCCCAGAUCUAUCCAGAUCCAGAGCUGGAGGUCCAAGUAUUAGGCCUGCCUAUCCGCUGCAUCCACAGUGAGGAGGGCUGCCGCUGGAGCGGGCCACUUCGACAUCUACAGGGCCACCUGAAUACCUGCAGCUUCAAUGUAGUCCCCUGCCCCAAUCGCUGCCCUACCAAGCUGAGUCGCCGUGAUCUGCCUGCACACUUGCAGCACGACUGCCCCAAGCGGCGCCUCAAGUGCGAGUUCUGUGGCUGUGACUUCAGUGGGGAGGCCUAUGAGACCCAUGAGGGCAUGUGCCCUCAAGAGAGUGUGUACUGUGAGAACAAGUGUGGUGCCCGCAUGAUGCGAAGACUGCUGGCCCAGCAUGCCACCUCUGAGUGCCCUAAGCGUACCCAGGCUUGCACCUACUGUACCAAGGAGUUUGUCUUUGACACCAUCCAGAGCCACCAGUACCAGUGCCCAAGGCUGCCUGUGCCCUGUCCCAACCAGUGUGGUGUGGGUACUGUGGCUCGGGAGGAUCUACCAGGCCAUCUGAAGGACAGCUGUAGCACUGCCUUGGUGCUGUGCCCAUUCAAAGACUCCGGCUGCAAGCACAGGUGCCCUAAGCUUGCAAUGGCACGGCACGUGGAGGACAGUGUGAAGCCACAUCUGGCUAUGAUGUGUGCCCUGGUGAGCCGACAGAGGCAGGAGCUGCAGGAACUGAGGCGAGAGCUGGAGGAGCUAUCUGUUGGCAGUGAUGGGGUGCUCAUCUGGAAGAUUGGCAGCUAUGGACGGCGGCUACAGGAGGCUAAGGCCAAACCUAACCUUGAGUGCUUCAGCCCAGCCUUCUACACACAUAAGUAUGGUUAUAAGCUGCAAGUGUCUGCAUUCCUCAAUGGCAAUGGCAGUGGCGAGGGCACACAUCUCUCACUCUACAUUCGUGUGCUGCCAGGUGCCUUUGACAAUCUCCUUGAGUGGCCCUUUGCCCGCCGUGUCACCUUCUCCCUGCUGGAUCAGAGUGACCCUGGGCUGGCUAAGCCACAACAUGUCACUGAGACCUUCCACCCUGACCCAAACUGGAAGAAUUUCCAAAAGCCGGGCACUUGGCGAGGUUCCCUGGAUGAGAGUUCUCUGGGCUUUGGAUAUCCCAAGUUCAUCUCCCACCAGGACAUCCGAAAGCGAAACUAUGUGCGAGAUGAUGCAGUAUUCAUCCGUGCCUCUGUUGAACUACCCCGGAAGAUCCUCAGUUGAGUGCAGACCUGGCAGGCUCGAGGGGAGAGGGAUGGGACGUGACCUGUCAGACACUGGCUGAACCUGGAAAGGGGGCCGGACCCCCUUUCAGCUGCUUUAUGCUGCCUAGGUUCUGUUAUCCCUUCAUGCCCCCCUCCACUACCACCCUCAGGUCCCUCCAAUUGGUGCUUCAGCCCUGGCCCCUGGGUGGAGCAGGUCUUGGGGUUAUCAAGGGCUGGAAACAAGCAAUCCCAGGGCCUGUCUCCCUUCCUGGGCAGAGCAGACAUGCCUUGGUGCCGGCCAUAUCUUUCUCGGAUGGAGGUACCUGCUCAGGUGCUAUGUCCCAAGAGCCAUAGGGGGGAGGAGUUGGGAAAGGGAGGGGUAGUAAAAACAAUCUGUCUUGAAAUUGAUUUCUCUUCCCCUUUCCCCAGCUGUGUCCCCUCUGGUUAUUUAUUUCCCUAGUGCCAAGAGGGCACAGCAGGGGAAGCCUUGGUUUUUAAUAAAUCCUUAAUUCUAUUUAUUAA